AUGGAGAAAUUAGAACAAGUCACAUACCAAAAUCUUCAUCAACAUCUAAUAAAUAAAUCCACCCGAAGAGAACAUCAAAGGAAACAACAAGCAUCAAACAUCAACCAAUAUCAACAUACAAGUAAGAAGCGGAUUCGUGUAUAUUACACUUUUGAAACUGGUCCAAUGUUGAAAUUCACCGAUGAAUUACAAAGUCUAUGGAAAAAACACUAUCAAGAUAAUCAUCCAAUUAUGAAACAUGUCGCUUUACAGAUAGCUCCAAUAUCCAAUAGAAAUCUAAAUCAAUUAUUGGUCAAGAAAAAACCGUCUCAAGCAAUGUUAAUCAAUGUUCCAUGUAAUACCGCAACAACAACACAGGAUUAA